AUGGGUAAUAAAGUUGAGAAAAAUCAUAUUGAUCAAAGUGUGAUCGACAAAUUAAUUGAAGACACAGGUUUGGAACGCGAAGUGAUUAUUGCCUGGAGGAAACAAUUUCUAUUGGCAUGUCCAUCGGGUAAAAUGAAUCGGAAGAAAUUCUACAAAUUUUAUCGUACAUUACGUGUCGAAUCAGACGAGAAGGUCAAAGAGAUAGCCAACUUUGUAUUUGCAGCAUUCGAUCGAGAUGCAAAUGGCAAGAUUGACUUCACGGAAUUUCUUUGUGGUUAUGCGAUAACUUCAUUAGGUACAACGCGACAGAAACUUGAUUAUGUCUUUGCACUCUACGAUAAAGAUAAGAAUAACUCGAUUGAUAGAAAAGAAAUGGUACGAGUUAUUUCGGCUAUGUAUGAUCUCUUAGGCAAAUCCAAAGUUGAUUAUCCACCUGAGCGUUGCGUUGAAGACGUGUUUUCAUUAAUUGAUGUUAAUAAUGAUCGAUCAUUAACCAAAGAUGAAUUUAUCGAUGGUGUUAUGAACAAUCCUUAUCUUUCCGACAUUAUCUCACCAUUCAAUGAAUAA